GUACUGUAUACAAUCAUGGACCUACCAGUUUGUAACAUGUGUUUGGCCAGCCAGACAGCCUGCCUGAGCAUAGGGUUCCGUGUGUACACACACAGAGCAAACAAUCUGAACUCUCACUCUAGCCAGCUGAUGGCAUUCUAUAAAGGUGCAGUGAGUCAAGCUCAAGAGUCAUACGUGGCAAUCCAACUCCAAGGAUAUAAAGUCAAUAUACUCCAGACAGGCAGGGAUAUAUUUCUUUAUAUUGACCAGCCUUUGCCUCGACUUAUAAACUUUUCAUACUGUGGAUAGGAUACAUUGAAGAUUAUCACUGUUUGGAGACUUUGGAACAGGAAUUUACAAAAUCAACACUGAUCAAGUUGCCUACAUGUAACUGCAAGUUCCUGUUUGUUCAUAUACCAAAUUAACUUAUGACAGAAAAGUAACUCAAGUCUAGUCUGACAGUCACAGUGCAGUGGAAACAUGGGUUCUAUUUUAUCAUACUUUUGGUCAUCUGAGCCACAAGAGAGAAACUUAGACAUUGAGGCUGUCCAGUCUCCCAUCUCGAACUCCAUUCCACAGGUCAUGGCUAGUGUCAAACCAACGGUGAUCUUUGUAUUAGGGGGACCAGGGGCCGGUAAAGGAACUCAGUGUCAGAAGAUUGUAGAGAAAUUCGGCUUUGUUCACUUAUCAGCAGGUGACCUUUUGAGAGCAGAGAGACAAAGUGGUUCAAAGGACGGCGAGCUCAUAGAGAGUUAUAUUAAGAAUGGAGAAAUUGUUCCAGUAAAAAUCACAUUGGGUUUAUUGGAAAAGAGUAUGGAGGAAAAUGUCACCAAGAGAUUUCUCAUCGAUGGAUUCCCAAGGAACGAAGACAACCUGUCCGGGUGGAAUGAAGUUAUGCAGGAUAAAGUUGACCUCAAAUUUGUUUUAUUCUUCGAUUGUUCGAAAGAGACAUGUGUCCAGAGAAUUCUAGAGAGAGGGAAGACAAGUGGACGAUCAGAUGAUAAUGUACAAAGUCUCGAAAAAAGGUUUCUAACAUAUUGGAAUUCGACCAAACCAAUCAUUGACCAUUAUGAUGCUCAGGGAAAAGUAAAAAAGAUUGCAGCUGAGAAUGAUCCAGAUUCCGUCUUUGGAGAAGUGACAAGAGUAUUCCAAGAGUCAGGGCUUUGAGAAGAACCUUUUCCGUAGUCCAAUCAGCCGAUCACAGGAAUGAAUCGAAUCAAGCCACAGUUAUGAAUUAAGCAUCUUGAACAUUUGACAUUCAGAAGGUUGUAACUCACUUUGGAGCUAUUUUGAGAUUUCUAGUAUUAACAUAUUCAGCAACAUUACAGAUUGUAGAAACCGUAAAGCUUUAACUCAUUAGACUUGUCGUUGCCUAAAAUAAAAGCAAAAUAACACUUCACCAUGUGUCUAUGAAGCACACUAUAUUGGUUGAUUUCAGGUUCAGUGUUGAGUUUUUGGUGUUGUUGUUAGGUCAAUUUUUACAUGAUUAUAGUAAACACCAAACAGAAAAUGUGGAUGGUACAGAAAUGUCACGCACUCGUCGUUGAGAUGUCAAUAAUGUGAUCUGGAUCAGUUUUACAAACUCUGAAUAGGUUUUUUGAGUAAGGGAAAGCAAUCCAAAUUUCAACACCAAGGCCAACCCCGGACUCGAAAUCACCCAUUCACUAUCAGAAAGACUUGAGAUCGGGUUACACCUUUCUGCUUGGUCAUUUCUCUCAAAAUCGGUGUUUUAAAGUUCUAGCUUUCUGUUUGCAACACUUUAUCGUCGACUCAAAAUCUCUUGUGGAGCCUUUAUAAAGUGUGGUAUGGGAAAGACAAUCAAUCUAAAAAAUAAUUGUAUGAUUUAAGGGUGGAAAUUAUUAUAUAGCUGUGCACAACAAACGCUGAUGGCAUGUUCUGUGAUAACAGUGUUUAAUUGUGCCAGAGAUUCAAAAAUACUUGGAGUAUGAAAUAAUUUUUGUAUUGCCAGGUCAGCUUCAAUUCACCGGGCUAUUUCAAGCUCAUUUUUGGUGUCGAGAUUGUGAAUUGUGCUGACAACUCUCGCGUCAUUACCAAUUUAGGGUGAAAAUAAUAAAUAUGAAAAUAAUACCACUUAUAUUAUUAAUAGCUCAAUACCAAGUUCAAUCAGUCACAAUACCAGCUUUACCAUUAUGUCAAACCCGCAUUUGGGUCAGACGACCACUGCUCAGAUCAGAACUACGGUUUUAUACCCGUUUUGGAAAGCCUCAGAGGAUCCAAGAUAUUUUAUUCCAAGCGCUAUCAACCCUGUAUUGCCCAGUAAUCCCUCUUAUGUAACAUUUCACCUCCGCAGGCAAGCCUGAGCGUUGAGCCAGGGUUAGGCGAUAAACAGCAGCUGUGAAAUUACGUAAGAGCCGCUCUGCCUGUAGUAGGCCCUUCGGAAUGAAAUUAUUGUAUUUGAUAUUCAAUCAAGUUUCCAAAGGAAUAUCUUCUUUACAAAUCAAAUGUAAACUUGUUUUCAAUUUCGAAUGAAGGAAGUCAACGCCGAAAUAAAGUAUUAAAGAGAGAAAAAUGACGGCAUGCGCUGGCGAGCCGUGCAGAGUUUUGUGUGUGGGCCCACUUCUGUCACUGCAGUUCAGUUCUUAUCAGACCCAUCGAGGUCAAGGAACACAUGUUUAGAUACUUAAAUAACCGGACUGGGAUGAUUUAGGUUUUUCAUGGUUUGAAACUGGGGUAUAUCUCCUCUAAUGAUAUAUGUAAUUUUGCAUCAUGUUACGUUUGGUGUUAAGGCUAGUGCUAGUGCUUCCUCAACACCAACAACACUUUUUAACUCCAAACUAGAGAUUCGCCCACUGGCAGGUUCAGUGUGAACAAAUUUGACCAAAAUAUAUCAAGGGUAUUAACUCCUGAAACAACACUCUUAUCAAAUGCUAUACUAUUAAACUGUGAAUCGAUUUUUUUUUUAAAAUUUGUAAACAUACUGUAUUCCGAUGAAUUGAACACAACUCUUUCAUACUGCAGUGAACUUCGACCUCGAAAUUGUGAGUGAAAUGAACUUCUUCAAAAGAAUUAUGUAUUGCCUCUGUGUGAACUGUGAUCGACACAUUCUUUACUUUUUUAUCGUACUCGGAAUAAUCUCAGAUAUAUAUUUGUGUAAAUUUUCAUAGCUAUUUAUUCCAUUGUAUGUAAUUGCAAAGCAAUUGUACUUUGAUAGGUACAUGCACAUUAUAAGAUUGCCGCAGAAGAAUGACAGAUUUUCAGCUGUUUGUUGUAUUCGUUUUUUAUGGUGAUUUAUGAUAAAAGAUAAAACAUGAUGUAUAUAUUGAAUAAGCUUGUGUUUUCAUAAAAUUUGUGAGUUUAUGAAUCCACCAUCAGUGAUAAUCUUUGUGUUGUUACUGUCAUAGACCAGAAAUGGUCAUUGCGUAAAAAAAAAUAACAGCUAAUAAAAAGAUUCCAUCACC